AUGACCAUAAAGAUUCAACACGCACUAGAAGAACUCGCUACCAUAUUCGAAAAGACACAUCCGACGCUAGCAAAUAUCGAAGACGAGUUCGCACAAUAUUCGAGUGGUGUCGAGGAAGCGAUAGGCAAUACGUUCGAACACCUCGUACUCCUUCAUGCCCGGAUCCAUGGCUUCAAAGCUCACGCUGAGCUUCUCAACACUUCCCACAAACCCUCCACUACGAACAGCGAGAAAGAUGAAUCCACCGUCACUGCUGUCGCGAAAAAUCUGGAGCUACCCACAAUCCCAACAUUCAGCGGCGACACAACGGACUCGGAUAACUUUUGGAAGCUUUCCAACUUAAACGUACAUCCACAAAAUCUUUCCGAGCUACAAAAAUUCAAUUACCUGCUUAACUCCUUAAAAGGGAAACCUCUACAAUCGAUGAAAAAGUUCCAACUCACUAGGCAAAACUACGCAAAAACCAUAGAAUUUCUUGCUAAUAAGUACGUUAAUUCUGAAGAACUUAUUCGCCAGCUCCUCAGAAAAAUGGACAAAAUCUCCCUUCACUCAUCGUCCAUAGAAGAGCAACACAGACUAUUGGAAGACAUAGAAGCAAUCAUAGGCCAAUUAGUGCAAGAAGCUAAGAGGCAACUGGUACGUGCAGAUACACUGGUGCCACUAAACAAGCUUGGACUUUCACAGUUAUUUAUGAUGGAUUGCGGAUCAUUAGCCUUUAUGGCGUUAGUCAAUAUGUCAACGUGGGUGUAG